GAAAACAAAAACACAAAAUUCGGUGAUGUGUCACUGUAACUGGCGGAUGGAAAAAAGUUUUCUUGGCAAUGUAAUGUAAAAAUUCAGUGAACUUAACAGUUGUUCCAGGACCGAAUCUCGCGAUACGUUUGUACCGGGCAACAGCGCAUCCGUUCCAGUGGCGGUCUUGGCAAAAAAGUACCGUAACAACGAUGGAAUCGCACAAGUACACAUUGUCAUCGAUCCGGCAGGACAUCGUCGACAACAAUCUGCACGCAAAGGCGAUUAUUCAGGAUAUUCUUGCAUUCCGUGGAUCGAUAGCCGAGCUCGACACUCUGAACGAGGCCGGCCGGGGAAAGAUCGCAGCGCUCAGGAAGUGCAUCGAACGGCUGGACGACUGGGCCCGGGAUGAGGGCGAUCCGGACGUGUUCAAAGAAGUGGACCAGCAUCGGGAGCAGUUCUCAAAAACACUUCAAGCAUUCCGCAAAGCAAACAUAUCAACCAUGUUGGAAAUAGAGAAGCAACAAAAGGACGAACUCUUCGCCCUCAGUCCAGAAAGCGAACUUCGCCAGCGACAUCCGGCAUCGUCGUCGGCAGGAGCCAGUAGCACCUCCACCAACAAUAAGCAAAACCGGUCCGCUCUGCUAUCGCAGCAGGAAAGCGUCACCGAUCGGAUGCGCUCGAUAUCACAGCAGCUGUCGGAGACCACCCACAAGAGCGCCGCCACCCUCGAGACGCUCAUCUCCUCUAGCAGCAGCGUGGAAGGAACUCGGGAUGAGUUGUUGAAUACGGCCGGAACCAUCUCGCAGUCGGGCAAACUGCUUAAGAAAUAUGGCCGACGGGAGUGCACCGAUAAAAUACUGCUGUUCUUCGCAUUUUCCUUCUUUCUAGCUUGCGUGUUCUACAUUGUGCAGAAAAGGUUGUUCUAAGUACCACGUGAUGUUGUUCCUGUUUUCAAGUUGCCAACACUUCCUUCUCUGUUAGUAGUCUCUUCGGAAAUUGUUAGAAGGAAAAUAAUCUGUUAUUUUGUCUUCGUUGACUACGGAAACCGGAAAGACAACUUCCCAGCUUCUUACUGCGCAGAAGGAUUGCCAACGGGGGUUAAAAAGCGUUGACUAUGUUUAUAUCGAGUAUUAGGCAUGUUUUAACUAAAUUGUAUGCAUGAUGGAACCUGCAGGUGAUUUGUUAGUUUUAUCAGUUUCAGAAUAUAUCUAUUCAAGGCUUAUUAGCUAGCAACGUAUUCUAUCAAAUCUGAUACAACAGGAAAGUGAACAGCUGAUGGGACGUUAACAUGUUCCAUUCUUUCUACCGAUUCAACGAUGUUCUGUUCAUAAGGCAGACAAAAGGAAAAACGAAGAUCACACUGAUAUUGAGCAUUUACUAUCUAAUAACUACGAACACAAACAAAAUCUAUUUAUUAAAUAAAAAGCAAUUAAAUAUGA